CGCUAGCGGGAAGCGAUGCCGCGUGACAUAAGGUGCUGCUCGCUGCUCGCUGCCCGCUGCUCGCCAGGCUGUUCCGCCCCUCCUAGUCGCGACCGGCGUCGGUAUAAAGGCGGCCGCCGACUCCGCUACCGUCAGUCCAGCACUCGCAGCCCAUCCGCCGCAGUAGCAACCAACCACACAGCCGCAAACAUGCGCCACCUGAUCGCCCUCCUGGUCCUGGCUACGGUGCUGCUGGCAGCCGAGGCCGGCUACCUGUACGGCGGCUAUGGCGGCUAUGGGGGCUACGGCGGCUACGGUGGAUACGGCCGCUACUACAGCUACCGGCCCACCGUGGUGGUGAGGUCGUACGGCUACCGGCCCUACUACGGAGGCUACGGCGGCUACCGCGGCUACCACGGCUACUGGUAGACGGCGUCCUCUACACUGCGCUACACCACACUACAGUAGCGUCGUACAGCUGCAGCCAUCCCUAUUCCAGCCUGCAGCUGCUUCGCCCCGUGGUCUCACAACACCUCCAAUAAUAUCCAUUCACUGUAUAUAUAUGUAACUCAUAACCAUUUUCUCAUGUGUAUCCUGUAUCUUUCACCAAUAAACAUCUAUCUCAUAUAA